AUGGCUCAAUUUGCCCAGAUCCAGGCCGAAAUAGGUGACUUUGGUCGCUUCCAGGUACAGCUGCUGAUCAUGCUGAGUGUCCCCAACUUCCUGUCUGCCUUCUUCUUUUUUGCCCAUGUCUUCAUGGUCCUAGAUGAGGCCCACUACUGUUCAGUGGCCUGGGUCAAGAACCACACUUUCAACCUGAGUGCUGCUGAGCAGCUGGCACUGAGUGUGCCUCUGGAUGCUGCAGGCAGCCCUGAGCCCUGCCUCAUGUUCUGUCCACCCCCUGACAAUGCCAGCCUGGAAGACAUCCUCAGCCACCACUUCAGUGAGAUACAGCCUUGUGAGAUGGGCUGGGACUAUCCUGAGGACAGGCCCCAAUCCCUAACCAACGAGUUCAACUUGGUUUGUGAUCGGAAGUACCUGAAGGAGGCCUCGCAGUCAGUGUAUAUGGCUGGGCUCCUCGUUGGGUCCCUUAUCUUUGGGCCCCUCUGCGACUGGAUUGGCCGCAAGGCCACCAUCCUGGUGCAGCUGCUACUUUUAGCCCUCAUUGGCCUGUCCAUAGCCUUUGUGUCCAGCUUUGAGCUCUUCAUGGCCCUGCGCUUUGCUGUGGCUACUGCUGUCGCUGGAUAUACCUUCAGUUGCAUUACCCUACUUACAGAGUGGAUGGGACCCUCACGGAGGACUCAGGCUGUGGUCCUGGCCCAGUGUGCCUUUUCCCUUGGGGAGAUGGCGCUGGCAGGACUCGCCUACGGUGUCCGCAACUGGAGGCUCCUCCAGAUCGCCAGCACCGUGCCUGUCUUGCUGCUGUUCUUCUACUUCUGGGCUCUGCCAGAAUCUGCCCGGUGGCUUUUGACCCAGGGAAAGAUAGAGGAGGCUAAACAAGUGAUCCAGAAGGCAGCUUCUGUCAACAGGCGGAAACUCUCUCCAGAGUUCCUGAGCCAGCUGGUCCCAGAGAAGACAGGUCCUUCAGAGAAUGCCCUGGAUCUAUUCAGACACCCCCAGCUCCGGAAAGUGACCUUGAUUCUCUUGUGUGUCUGGUUUGUGGACAGUCUGGGGUUCUUCAGCCUGAGCCUCCAAGUGGGGGACUUUGGCCUGGACAUCUACCUGACGCAGCUAAUCUUUGGAGCAGCUGAAGUGCCUGCACGCUAUUCUAGCAUCUUCAUGAUGGAGAGGUUUGGCCGCAAGUGGAGCCAGAUGGGGACUCUGGUUGUGGGUGGCCUCAUGUGUAUCACCACCACCUUCAUCCCAGCAGAUCUGCCCAUGGUGGUCACCAUGCUGGCCGUUGUGGGGAAGACUGCCAUGGCUGCCAGCUUUACCAUCUCCUACGUGUACUCUGCCGAGCUCUUCCCCACCAUCAUCCGGCAGACGGCCAUGGGACUGGUGGGUAUCUCCUCGAGGACCGGGGGCAUCAUCACACCACUUGUGCUCUUGCUGGGCGAGUACCAUGUGGCCAUCCCUAUGCUCAUCUACGGCAGCUUCCCCAUUGUGGCAGGCUUACUCUGUGCCCUGCUGCCAGAGACACGUGGCCAGACCCUAAAGGACACCAUCAAGGACAUGGAGCAGGGGCCCCACCCCCGGUCCCCGAAGUCAGCACCCCAAGAAAAGGAAACAGGAGCCACAGGAAGAACUUCCAGCCCAGGAGUGGACUUUGUGAGCAGCACGUACUUCUGA